CAGAACACCACGCAUCAUGCUUUCUCCUAUUCUUCUCUCUUCUCUCUUCUGUUCUAUAGCUUUUCUUUCAGAAUCGUCAGGUUCUGAUAUGUGUCCACUGGGUCAGUUUCCGUGUGGGAAUCUAUCAGUGUGUUUGCCACAACCACAGCACUGCAACGGGCAGCAGGACUGUCCUAAUGGAGCGGAUGAAGAGAACUGUGUGGAUAACAGUGGUUGGCCACACCUGUUCGAUGCCUUCAUGAAAAAAAGAGUCCAGGAGUCAAAAGAGUGCAUGUUAGAUGUCUAUCCAGACGUGUGUCAUUGCGAGGGUAGGAAGGUGAACUGCAAUGGCAGAAAUCUUCUCCAAGUUCCUCCUGUGUCCUCUAAUGUUACAGCACUAGAGCUGAACAGUAACAGGAUCAAAUCUCUCUCUCGUGAACUGUUUGUCCGCUACAGACACCUGGAAAGACUACAUUUAGAAAGUAACAGCAUUGAAAUGAUCUCCAAGAGGGCAUUUUCUGGACUUAACUCUUUGCGUAAACUUUUUUUGAGUCAGAAUAGAAUUGUUUCUCUGAAAGCAGGAAUAUUUAGUGACCUCAGCAAUUUGGAGUGGCUGAUUUUGGAUGAAAAUAGGAUAUCGUCUUUGCGACAGAAGUCUUUUGAAGGACUGAAGUCUUUAUUUUUUCUGUCUUUAUUGAAUAACUCUGUAGAGCAGUUUCCAAGAACUUCUAUCUGUCCUGAGAUGCCUCGCCUCAACUGGCUAGAAAUGGAGGGGAAUAAAAUUUCAUCUCUCUGGGCUUCAAGUUUUAAAAACUGUUCUUCUCUUACUGUUUUGGCACUGAGGAGGAACCACAUUAGUACCAUUGAGGAGGGAACAUUUGCAGACAUGCAUAUGCUGAUAGACUUAGAUGUGUCAGUGAACCAGAUUACAGAUCUACCUCCAUCUCUGUUCCAGAACCUCCAGAACCUUAAACAGCUAAAUAUCUCCAAUAAUCCUCUGGCGCACAUAUACAGCAAUCAGUUUGACAGUUUGGUGAAUUUACAGUCUCUGAGUAUGGAAGAAGUGGAGAUUCCCAACAUCAGCAUCAGGAUGUUUCGGCCCCUAAAUAACCUCACCCACAUUUAUUUUAAGCGCUUUGAAUUCUGUGGAUAUUCUCCCAACGUGAGAAGCUGCAAACCAAACACAGACGGGAUCUCUUCCUUUGAGAAUCUGCUGGCGAACAUCAUUCUGCGCGUGUUCGUCUGGGUCGUUGCUUUCAUCAUUUGUUUCGGGAACAUAUUCGUCAUCUGUCUGCGGUCCUGUAUCGCCUCAGAGAAUCAGCAUCACACAAUGGCCAUCAAAUCUCUUUGCUGUGCAGACUGUCUAAUGGGCGUGUACCUUCUUUUCAUCGGUGCCUUUGACAUCAAGUACUGCGGCGAGUACAACCGUCACGCUCAGAUAUGGAUGGAAAGUCUGUCCUGCCAGCUGAUUGGCUCUCUUGCCAUGCUGUCCACGGAGGUUUCUGUCAUGAUGCUGACCUACAUGACUUUAGAGAAGUACCUGUGCAUCGUCUUCCCAUUCCAGCAUUACCGUGCCGGACGAAAACAGACUCUCUGCUCCCUGACCUUCAUCUGGCUGCUGGGAUUCAUCAUUGCUGUUAUUCCUUUCUGGGAUAAACAGACGUUUGGGAAUUUUUAUGGCCGAAAUGGAGUUUGUUUUCCUCUUCACUCUGACCAGACAGAGAAACCUGGUGCCAGAUGCUACUCAACAGCCAUAUUUCUCGGUCUGAAUCUGUUGGCUUUCGUGGUGAUCGUAUUCUCCUACUCCAGCAUGUUUUAUUCAGUGCAGAAGACGGCAAAGACAGCCCGUCAAACAGUAUAUGAUCGGGAAGUCUCCAUUGCAAAGAGAUUUUUCUUCAUUGUAUUCACCGACGCUAUGUGCUGGAUCCCGAUCUUCCUCUUAAAGAUUCUCUCACUGUUGAGAGUACAGAUCGCAGGUACCAUCAUCCUAUGGGUGGUGAUUUUUAUCCUACCUAUAAACAGUGCCCUCAACCCCAUCCUGUACACUAUCACAACAAGCGCAUUUCAGCAAAGACUCAAGCAGUGUCUGAAAUACCGUUGCCAACAGACUAACUGACACAGACUAUCACGCAUACACUAUGCAUAUGCACAUGAGAGUCUUUUAUGCAAAAUAAAGUCAAUAGAUGACCACACAUGCAUAUGAUUCUCUCAUCCAAAGCACAAUUCAGGGUGAAAUAAGCAUAUUUUAGAUACAUGCAUGGUCAUGUUAACCAGCAGACCAGCAUACAGCAGUAUGCAUUUAUGCAAUUAAAUUGUACAACAAGCAUAAUAUGAAAAAAGAAACUUCACCAAAACCUGUGUCUGUAUGCUGGUAAAGCACUGCGGCUGUUUGGGGUGGACCCAGUGGAUUGAGGAUUAGAGCCAUUUCUACUAAUUUAAUUGUGCUUUUGUUUCAUUAUGAGGACAUGUCAAAUAGAGGCAGAGCUGAUAAACAGUAAGUACAGUAAGGAUUAAAACAUUUUAAACUGUAUAAGGGUGACAGUGGGAGAGAUUGAUGUCUUGUUUCUAGUACAAAUAUAUAAGCAUCCAAAACAUUUGAAGAGCUCAGAUGGAAAAGCUGCUGAACACCACCAAUGCCAUCUAUUUUUUUAAUUUUUUAUUACAAUUAAAUGACUAAAUUUAUAUUUGUGAGAAUAAGACAUUUCAAUUACUUACUAAUAACCUUUUUAUUGCCAUUAAGGUAAAAUUACUGAACCUUACAUAAGAGCUUGAUAGAAAAAAAAAACAUGUCAGAUGCACUUGCAGCUGAACUCUUCAUUUUUAUUCAAGUGGCAAAUUAAUUUUUUUCUACAAGCAUAAACAUUCAACAACAUUUAGUGAUGAACGUGAAAUACACAGUUGUGCACAGUGAACUUGUUUUAAGGAUGUUUACAUAUUUAGUGCAGAUAAAUAAAAUGAUUUUGUGCUCUUUUGAAGUCCCUCACAAGAUAUUAAAACAAUCUUAUGCUGGUAUGCUAAUUCACCGAUGAAAAAAUGCAAAGAAAACAGAUCACUGUAUGAUGUUCACAUUAGCAUAAAGUAAAAAAAAAAAAUGGUUCCAAAUUGCAGUUUAUAAGCUGACAUGACGACAUGUCGCCUCAUUAUUUAUAACACCCUGUUUCAUUUGUCGUCUGUCUACAAUAUUCACAAUAAAUGUACCUCUUAAAGUGUAAAUAAAUAAAAUAAUUAUUUCAUUAUA